AUGGUCGCGUACGAGGACAGUUUGCCAGGCAAGUUGUGUGGCAUGAUGACGGAGUUAAAGAGAGAGAAGAUCUUCGUGUGGUACGACUACUUGUCAUGUCCACAGCUCCUCCACGACAUCGAAUUGGAUGAGUUUGGAAUCCAAAGAGGGAGAUUUCUGGAUGAUUCCAUGAACUGCGAGGAGGGACCGCUAUGUGAGAUGGACAUGGCCAUCAAAAGCAUACCUUCCUACGUGGCAGCUUGCAAGUACUUCAUCGCCCUGUGUCCCACUCUCAUCAACGCAGACAACGGACGCAAGCUGGAUCGGCAUUCGUGGCUGCAGCGUGGUUGGUGCCGAGCAGAGAAGAUGACCCGCGAGCUUUCAGCUGAGGGGCGAAAUGGUUUGAUCCUGCUGGUUGAAAGCCCCAGGCACCUGACGUUGCUUCCUUCCUGGGAAUCAUUCCUCUAUGGUCCCGGAUACGGUGAGUUCACUUACAUCACCGAUUUGAAUUUGGUUGCAGGAAUGAUCAAAGACUUGCUGAUGCGCAAAUUGCAAGAUUUGCUGUCCAAGGGUGACCUGCCAGCUUAUCGCUUCUACCUGAACCAGCAACACGUGCGCUUCCGAAAAUGUCGUGUGGAAGCCAUCCAAGGUUUGGUUCCUGGGAACGAUUGCGCGGACAUUGCGGAGAAGUUUUUCCACGAGAAUGGCUGCUCGAGCGUUGAUGACCGGGACCGAGCAGGCUGGUCAUCGAUGUGCUACGCGGCCAUCAAUGGAAACCCGCAGCUAAUGACAAGGCUCUUAGAGUUGCACGGCGAUCCCAACGAUCGCACGCACCAGGGCAAGGCGGAGGCUUUCCUGCCGAAGCAUCUGCCCCUGGUGUCGCUCUGUACCUAUUUCUGCAACAACGAGGCUUUGAAGAUCCUGUUGGAGGCGCAUGCCAAUCCGAACCAGAGAGACGCCCGGCACGGUGCGCCCCUUUUUUGGGCCAACCUUUGUGACAACGUCACUGGCGCGCGGCUCCUUUUGGACUUUCGAGCGGAUCCGCUGAUGGAAGGUAAUCCGCCCUUGACCGUUACUGAAGCUGCAUGCUCUGUGGGCGCAAUUCGCAUCAUCCAGGAGUACCUCCCCGUGGAGCGAAUCCGCAGUCAGUCUCGAAACCUCUUGCACAUUGCGUUGAUGAUCAAAGGUGGAUCUCCGGAAUUUAUCGACACUUUGAUCAAGCACGGUGUUGAUGUGAACGAAACGUUUUCCUUGACCAAGCUGAAUAUGCUGAAGAACAUCUUGGUUGCAAAGCACUAUGUGUCUUGA